AUCCUUUGGUUACGCUGAUGCUCUGGUGUAGCUUCCCAACGAUCCUGGAUCGGGCCAGAUUUCGAGUCAGCAAUUCCAUCCGUGUGUAGCCGGAUAGGAUAUCGAUCUUGGGCUUCAGAAGCGUUAAGUUUCCUUCUCAGCAUGCCUGCUCACUCAUCAACCACGGCGCAUCGAUGACAGUGGGAUUGGAUGGCGCCCAAGAAGGCACCUGCGGUCCGCUUCGUCGACUCGCAUCCUUUCCCAUCCAGCAAGCGAGAACAAGAACUUAUCCGUGCCGAAGCACGUUCUCAUGCUGCAACUGUAUCGCACCCAAAAUACAGAAAACAGGCUGCUGAGAAUCCAGACAAGGAAUCCAAUAUUGCAACUCUCGCUUCUCGUUCGGAGCGAUCUUCAAGUGAAGAAGCAAAACUCCCACCGAUACGUCCCAUUGACGCUCUACCUACUCAGGAAUCCUCUCAAGAAAGUGCUAAAUCCCGGCGAAAAUCCAACCAGCACAACCAACCCUUUCACAAGUAUCGCCUUCUUACUCACGGUUCCAGCGCAAAUUCCAGCAGAGAUGCCAAUGUUGGACGUAAGAGAAGGGAGGUUCAAGUCAAGCAAGACGAAAAGCAAUCACAGGUGGCUGUGCGGAGUACCAUUCCCAUCUUCAAGGGCAACACUGAUCCGUUCAAUGCUACGGUCAUACCAGUCAGUGCACUCGAGCACCUUUUACUUCAACAGGCUCGAGCACAAUCCAUGUUGAACACGUGGCCAUCCGAAAUAGCCUUGCGUCACAAUCAUGGUGUACUCACGGCCGAGUCUUUGAAGAAGAUGCCAGCUUUCAUCACAGACAAAGCUUCUAGUCAUGCAAUCAUCUCCCACGCCUAUUACAGCAGUGGCAGCAGGCAGAGAAACCGAGGCCAGCCAUAUGAGCAGACAUUGGUACGUGCAGAGAAACACAAAUUCCAGGCACUCAGAUCACUCCAGGAGUCUCUUGAGUCGCAGCAGCAGACUGGGGACACCGCGAAGCUGUGGAAGAUUUUUUCAUCUUGCUGCUGGCUUGGAGCAGCCGAGAUGCUCAGCGGCAACAUCCAUGCCGCAAUUGUUCAUUUGUCUGCGUCAAAGAAGAUCGUCGAUUCCUUAGGUGGCUGGUCAGUUAUCGGGCGCAUGGAGAAGGAAAUUCUGCUUGGUGCAGUGGUCAAUCUUGCUGCAGCCCUACGCUCUCGCCCUGUAAUGGAUAUUGGCGACUUCGACCCCGGACCAUGGAGUUCACACAUCUGGACCACCGACGUGGAAGAUUCGCCCGCUUUGCACGCGGACCUGAAAAUUGCGUUCCCCGAGACCGUUCCCUCUGCCUCGGCCAGUCCGACCGCCGUUUCCCCAACCCUAAAGGCGAUAUUUGCCGACAUAAGGGAGCUUUUAGCAAUUGAAGAGUUGAAAUUCAAAUAUGCGACCUCGAAAUCCUCGAGCGCGACGGAGAUUUUCCGUUGGUCUCAUGCUCGCAAAAUCGCAGUCCGAGCUCGUUCUCUCCAUUACUGGUGCGAUCUGAUUGAAGCAGCUAAGAAGGAUGGUAAGGAUAUGACCACGAUCUAUGCGCCAGGCACCCUGCCAUCGCCGGUCGCGUUUACUUUCGAGGUUGCCCUAUGCCUUGCCAUGCGCUGUUUUGAUCGGUGCAUCUUUGAGGAGCAUUAUCAACCGGGUGGCGUCUUUCGUGAGAGCAAGCGCUACCACACGGAAAUGACAGCUGUCAUGGAAGCUUUACGGCCGGCGGCAGAAGACUUUUCUCUUGGCCCCAGUGUACGCACUCGCGACGUGCUGUGGAUCUAUUCCGUUGGUGCGUACGUCGAAGAUGUCUUCAUGCGUCCAGAGCUCGAGAGAAAGGAAGAUCCGGUGCCAUCGCAGAGACGGUUUUUUAGCACCCGGUUCAGCUACUUGGUUGCAGCAAACCUGGAAUUUGGCAGCUUUGAAGACGUCACAACAUUCCUGAGGGAGAACUAUCUCUACUAUCCCCGGCUGCAAGAUGCCAGUUUGAGGAAACUCAUCGAAUUCUGAAAUAACAGGCCGCG